AUGGCUUCAGGCUUGUUCUCUAAUGUCUCUCCAUGGCAUAUUCCCGCCAUGUUUAUGGGCACCGCUUUCACUCUCGGUGGUCUUCUUCCUUUGAGAGCCCCAGACCGUGCUAUGCGCGAGUACGGGUUGCCUGAGGGUAUCGUCAGGUCAGAGCCAGCGCAAUUAGCAUUUGGUAUCUACGGCACUCGUGUAGCUGCUUAUGGCGUCGCUCUGUGGACGUUCUAUCUUCGUGGUGAAUACCAUGUAGUUGAUACGCUUAUGAGCUUACUCUUCUUGUGGGGUGCUGCUGAUUGUUGGAUUUGUAUCAAGGCUGGUGUGCCCAGGACAGCUGUUUGGAGAUUUCAUCAUUUCCUGUACGAAUUGAUUAAUUGUACCUCGAGAUCCCUCAAAAUAAUUGUGACCAUGGUCAUUUACAUCAACGGCAAUGCAGGUAAAGCGGCUUCGCAAGAAACGCCCGCGCGAACUCCUUCGAGAACCCCGAACCGUCGCGCUAUUAGCGCAGAGCCGUUUUCUGGCGUUCACACACCUCUCGAUCGUAGCGGUGCCCGAGACCUGCGUGCCUCUCUUCGCCGUGGUACACCAGCAUCUGCCGGUCGAUCCAAUGCGCCGACUCCUCAUGCCAAAGCCGCUCGUCGGCUGCUUGACCAGCGUCGAACGGCAAUGUUCACACCUGGAAAGAAACGCAGACAGAGCAUGUUGCAGCAGAGAGAAACACCCUUGGAUAUUUUACGAAUGCUCGGUCGAACACUAGCGCCUAAGAGCCAGCCUAUUCACUCGUCUUCUUCGUCGUCUCCGGGGAAUAAACGGAGCUCGUCUCCGGAACAGAGGGAGGAAAGCAACUUGUAUGAUGAUGACGAUGAUGAAGUCGACGAUCUACUAACGAGGCCUCCAAUAAUAUCCUUGCCGUUGGACAUUGAAGAUGCUUCUAGUACCGGCUCAGAUUUGCCUCCACCAACAUUGUCACAAUUGGAUGAGGACAACUUUACCAUGCAGUCUAUUGAGAUGCCUCGAAGAAUUGCGAAUGACUCUCGGCUAUCUCGAGGGAGUCCUGGCAGUGAACGCAUGAGUGACUACUUCAACAACGAAGCCACAGAAGACGAUAUUGGCCAGCAAUCAGAUUUCUUCCCCGGUCUGCUAGAGGAUCUUCAGGCGAGAGCUGGACAGGAUGAUAUGACACUCGAGCCGAUUGAAGCAGACCAGACCCGGCAAAUGACCGAGGGCCGAGGGAGCGACUUCAACUUCGAGUACCCUGGUGGACUUGAGGAUGGAACUGUCUUUCAAAUGUCUGAUCCCGCCAACGAUCUUCAAGCAACAUCACCAAUUGUCGACCCGUCAGUCGCAGAAGCCGUGGCAGAUGACGCUCAGGACCCCCGCCCCGACGUUAUGUACGGAUCCGACUCCGAUGCUGGUGGCGGGGACUUCGGAAUGGACGGUUGGGAUUAUAACGAUGCUGGCGUCGACGAUCAUAGCUCGAUAAAUGAAGAGCCAGGGCCAAUACCAGAGCCAACAGUCACAACCGGGAUGCGUCAUGAACCAGCUGAUGAUAGGCUACCUCGCGGCUUGAAAGCAAAGAAGCGAAAGCGGGUAUCGCAACAUGGCAUUGAAUACCCGUCACUGCCUCCGGCUUUCGUCAAGCGAGUGGCCCAGACGGCUCUCCAAUCGUCAGGUCUGAGCAACCAGCGUCUCUCGGCGGAGACAUUGGAUGCUCUUAUCCAGUCCUCUGAAUGGUUUUUCGAGCAGCUGGGUGACGAUCUGGGAGCCUAUGCGGAUCACGCGAAGCGCAGAACAAUUGAGGAGAGCGACGUCUUCACACUCAUGAAAAGAAAUUCUAAUAUCGUACAGGCAACGUCAGAUAGGACCGCGUUCCUCCAUGUUCUCCUUGGCACAGAAGCACCUCCCAAGAGAGCUCCUCCAGGAGCUGAGGAUGCCAGUUCCGCAACCCGCUAA